AUGUCAGGGGUAGAAUUGACAGGCCUCUUUGAGAAGGCUAAGGAACUGGACCAACUGAAGAAGGAUCAGGAGGAGGUCCUGGGCGAGAUCAACAAAAUUCACAAGAAGCUCCAAAACAGUAAGCUAGUUUCUUCCCUCCCCCGCCUCUCUCUCUCUCUCUCUCUCUCUCUCUCUCUCUUACUCCCUUUUCAUGGGACUGACUUUUUGUGGAAAACUGUUACAUUCCCGUAGGGACAUCUUGAAAUCCCCAAAGCUUUGUCCACCUUCAACAAGGCGCUCUGAAUCUCUUCUAAAACCUCUUUAUUGAAUUCAGAAAAAACUUUUUGGGCUAGGGAUAAUGGCCAUAGGAAUAUCCCGGUGCAGGGUUUGAAAUGGAGUUAGAUCAACCAAGCUAGCAUUUCUUACUCUCAAGUUUCAGUUAACCUUGCCGAAGAUCAGCCAUUUUAGUGAGAAAGCUAAUUUUUUUUCUGAAUGGUGAAAACAACUCAAUGAAACAGAGUCCCGGAAAAGAAGCGAUAGACCAGUUAAAUUAGAAAGAAUCCACUUGAAAACGGGAUAGAUGACUAUGUAACUUUUGAUUGACACUCGACUAGCUUUCACACGAUGGCUAGUCUUAAGAUGUGGAAAGCUCGGAUGAUAAAGUCACAAUUGAGGAAAGUUUUCUUGGAGGGUAAUCUGGGAAGGAAAAAUUUAUAAGGCACAGAUGAAGUGAUCAAGCAGAAGCAGAUUGGCUUAUAAUUCUCUUCUUGGGGAGUGCACGGAGAUUAUAAAUUUUAUGUAGAUGCACUGAGAUCUCUGGGAGGAAAUGUCUCGUCCUGGGGCUUAUCAAUUUUGGGAGAUAGCUUAGGAAUAUUUUAUGGUUAACAGUUUUGGGCUACCACUAUUUGACUAAGCCUUGCUAGUGCAUAUGUGGAGUAUUUGGUGAGUAAAUUUCAUAAGAAAUGAAGGAGCGGACAAUCAAAGCACUCUAAGUUGGUGGAAGAGGGGGUCUAUCCAAGAAUAUUGUAUCAUUCUUGGCUACCCACUUCCUCUUUGUCUUUGAUACCCUAGAAUAAUAGGAAAAUAGUUGAGGUAAUAAAAAAAUCGUCCUUCUAGAAAGCAGGAGGUAAGGAGCGGAAAUUGUGCAUCUACUAAAUGGGGAUAGGAUUGGGCUGUAUCGGUGUUUUACACAGCUUCGGUAGCAAUGUGUCUGUGUGUUUGGGGGAGUGGUAGAUGCCACAUAGUCAAAGAUUAUGAAGCUACCCUACUGGACGGGGAGAAUAUCAUUGUAAGAUUCAAUUUCUAGUCACUUCUGUCACCGUUGUGUUGAAACAGUUUUUGGGAAUUCGAUUGCCCCAACAAUCAGACAAUAAAUUUUGCUCGUCUAAAAAUUACUUGUAUUAAAAUGACAACUUGCAAGCUUUUACUUUUUGUUGUUAUAGAUGGAGGGAAAAUUUGAUGUUUGCCUAUUUCUCUGAAAAAUUUUAUCAGCUGUGACGGAAAGUGGAAGAACAAUAUACCAUGUGCAAUUGAAAAUCCUGUUGAAGUAAGAUGGCUAGUAUAGUUUAGGAGAGGGCGUGGAUUUGGUGCAAUAUGAGAAUCCGUUUAAGGACAGCUGAAAUAUUCCGAGCUUAGAACUGAACCUUGGGGGAGAGGGGACGAAAAAAUGAAGAUGGGAGUCCUGAACAUUGAAUCUCUGUUUUCUGUUGGCUCCUUGAUGAAGAAAUACAAUUGCGGAGUAUCCACAGUUUGGUGGUAAACAAUGUGUGGGUUCAGCCUUGCUGAUGAAAUCGAAUAUGUCCUCCAAAGUUGUGAUGUCCAAUCAUGAAAAUGAUCUUAUGCAUUAGAAGGAACUGUGGACCUCUGAUUUGUAGUCUUUGACCUUAUUUAGUUAAUAUAGAGGUCAUAAUUUUUUUUGAUUUUGAACAUCCAAUAGGAGAACGAAGACGUUGCUUUUAAACAAGUUAAAAUGAUGUAAGUGUCCCAUAUGUUCUACCUGCAUUCCUAGGGAUAAAUUGAUUGCAAAGGAAUAAGAAAUUCAUGGACUAUGCAACGAAUUUGGGUUUUCUGGGAGAAUGGUCAAGGCGAUGAUUGACUAGUCGAAUGAAGCUUUUGUUACCAGCUCAUGUUUAGCUUUUGCCUUUCCACGUAAGCUUUGGGUUUCUCAUUUAAUUGUUUAUUAAAUGCUGCUCGAUUAUGUUGCUGGAUAGGAGAGGAAAUGAUUUUCUGGGGAUACGAAUUCAUUCUGUCCUGUAUCUCUAGUUAUAUUUUGUAAUUGCUUUUCCAGUGGGGGUAAAGCAAAUGAUAUUAUUCAUAUUAUUCUUUAAAAAGAUAAUGGGUUGUUAUUGUCUUCAGAAGGAACGGAAUUCUAGUUUUUUGGCUGAAAAAAUGAAACAGUAUUGUUUCGGGCAGGCAGGAGCACCAGUGUGGAAUGCUUUGUCUUGCUUUUGUUAAAGGACUGUGAUCAUCAUACAAACUGUCACUAAGUCUGUUUGCUUUCGCACUAGUGGUGUUACCUCUAACUAAGAACCUCCUGGAAUGAUUUCUUGGAGAGAGUCAUUGCUGUUAAUAAAAAUUAUACAAGGUAGAAGAAAAAGUGGCCCUCUUUCAGUGAGUAGGUGACAAGGAACUUUGAAGGGAAAUUGGAUGCUCAGUCAAUAGGCGAGGUGAGCUCCUAUGAUCAUCGAAUUGCUGUCAAUAAGAGGUUUAUCAGAGGACGAUAGUGAAGUUGUGGUUCAUGCUAUUCCUCUCAAUGAGGCCUCUAGUUUUCUAACCCAUUCAACUUUGGACAUGUGGCACUACCGGAUUACCUGGCUAAUUUAUGUGGGAACUGAAGUGCUGCAUUAAGAUUCAUGUAAUGAUUGCUAAUCUUACCAAUUUCCUUUUAAUAUAAAUUUUAUUGUUUGUAUCUUCGUUCUUCUAUGCAAUCCUAUCCUAAUUUGGAGGUACCUCCCAAUGUGGCCAUUAAAUUUUAAAAGACACAAUUUAUCUGUUUCAUAUGAUCCUCUUAGGAGAUUCCACCUGUGUUUUUUCGUUUCUUAGUAUUUGUCCUGUUUACUUCACUUCUUGUAAUGAUCAUGUUCCAUGAACUCAAUGUUGCAUAUGUGUACUAGCAUUAGUUUUCUGUUUAAUUCUUAUUAAAAAUCCUGACUAUCUGUGUUGCUCCUUUAUUUUGGUCCUCCCAUGUUUUUUUUACUAAAUAUGUGAUUUUCUGGUUAUUCUCAUAUGGUAAUCCAGCUCAGGACGUGAGUGAAAAGUCAGGUGACACCAUGUUACUGAAAUUACGGGCCUUGUAUACUCGUGCCAAAGAGCUGUCAGAUAGCGAAAUAAAGUAUGCCUUCCUUCAUUUCUGACUAUUGCUGAUGAGAUGCAUAUUGUGUUGUCAUUGGUUCUUGAGCGCUUAAUUUUUCGUAACUGUACAACUCAAUGUCCUACUAAGACUCUUCUAUCUUUCAAUGGUGUAGAAAUAUUUUUGAUGUGUGCCUAAGAAUGUAACAUUUAUAGAAGAUGCUCGUGUACAUUUAGCUUAGUUAUUGUGUCCUUCCCGUCUAAUUUUUUGAAGAACAAAGGAACUAGGCAUUUUGGCUAGUUUCGAAUGAAGCUUCAAAAUUUACUCUUGGAUGGAACUUCUUCCUGGGCCAUAAAGAAAUGCUUGAUUUUUACUCCAAAUCUAUUCAGCUGUGGUGUAAAUUAAAAUUUUAGCGGCUGUAAGAUUAUAACCAAAAUGUAACCAAUGGGACGAAUAUAAUGGGAUGCCAUUUGUGGAAGUUAGCUUUGUAGAUUGGAGCAACAUUACGUUUUUCUACCACCUUUUGCUACACUAUGUUUAUCUCUAUAAAUUGGACUCUUGUCUACCACCUGCCGCUAAUCAUAUGCAAAAAUGUAUGGGUUGUUUUUCUGGUGUAACUUUUUUCCUUUAUUUGUGAUCUAUUGUUUGUAUGGAUCUGUGCUGGGCCAAUGCUCUCUACACCUGAAAACAAUUCCCUUUCAAAGAAUAUUAUUCUCUGCCUUGUAUUGUUACUAAUUUUGACAGUACACCUCACUGUGUUUGUUUCUGAAUAUCAUGCUUAAUUUUUGAUUAUUCAAAUGAGUACUUGAAAUAUUGAAAGAACUCCGCAAAAAUAUGAAACGAGGGAAUUUUGUUGUCACGGUGAUAUUUGAAUAAUAUCCAUUUGCUGACUUGAUUCAUAUCACCAGCUGUCUGGAAAAUUCCCCACAAGGUGCUCUGGUAAUGACUCAUGUUGCAGAUGGCUUAUGUCUCUAGAAUAAGUGAAUCAACUAAAUAUGUAUAAUCAUUCCAUUUCUAUAACUGAGCUAGAAUAUGGUUAUUAUAUGUAGAUAAUUUAUUUUAAAGGCCGCGAAUAUUCUUAAAUUUGGAAGUUAUUUUAUAUUUGGUGUUAUAUUUUUCAUCUGUUUCAUCAUUAACGUUCGUUCAUUUGGUGUCUGCGUUAUUUGGUUUUCCCAAAAGUGCAGUUAUAGAAGAUAUCCCUAAGUUCUUAUUAUGUUUUUUUAUAACAGUGCUUCGGGAGUAUUAAUUGAGAGAUUGGAUUCUCUGCUACACACUGGGAUGACCGCAGCACAAAGAAAGAAGAUAGGUAGCUUUAAAUAGACGUUUUGUUAUAUAUUUUUGUGUUGACCUGUCAUACAACUUAUGUGGUGGAGAUUGCUGUAAUUUAGUACUUGUCUAUGGUGCAGUUAGGAACUUCUUUCAACAUCUUCAUAAUAAUACGUCUAUUUAUUUGUUUGCUACUAUCCUACAGAUUCUCUUGUCCUUGAUUGAUUCUUUCUUAAAAGGGUGAACUUACUAUUGUUUCAAGGCUUCUUUUUUUGUACUUCUUCAGGCUUCCUAAUUACUCUCUCUUCCCUUCUCAUUUAAGAGCCCUGACGCUCUUUGAGAUUUACUCUAUUUCUUAUCUCCCUGACGUUGCAGCAGUUAACCAGUUUUUCGUGCUUUGGUUUGUUGUUGAGAUGUACCCAUGAAUAUUCAAUGAGGUGUACAUGAGAAGGAUGAAAUGAUUUGGUGUCGGCGUAUUCAAUAUAUGUGACCUGUCCAGCAUUUUUGUGCUCUUUUCCCAAUUAUCCCUGAUAUUUCUUCCUGGGGGAUGAUCCCGUGCAUUGCUGCCUUUCACGUACACAGAGAUAAUAAAACUUGUUGAUUUUUCUUUCAAGCCGACAGCAAAAAAGCAUUAUUUAUGGUAUCACUUAAGAUGAUUUGUUUGUAUGAUACUCCAAGGAUAUUAAAGGAGUAGAAUUCCAUAUGAUAGGCAUGCUAUCAUUAGUUCAUUGAGAAGUAUUUGAGCAUUGUAGUCGCUUUUGGUUGUUUCUCUCUUUUUCUUCAUAGGAGUAAUUCUAUCCCGGAUUUCUCUUGUUACAUUUCAUUAAGAUGAAAAUGGUGACGGUGGUGCUUCAGUAUUUGAUAACUUUAAAAUACAUGAUGGAACUUGGCUAUUUAGUACAAUAUCACAAAGAAGCUGUCAUCUUCUAGAUUGUAAAUUAAUCACAUGCUAAGGUUUAUCCAGGUCUGAGUCCAUGUCUCAUGCUUUCCUUUAAAUCGUCACAAUGCUCUGGUCAAAAUUUUGGAAGAACUGUGAAAACCCUUGUUAAAAAUUUACUACUUUCGGUAUCAUUUAGAGUAAUCCUGAAGGGAUUAAAAGUUAUCUAGGUUUAGGAGAUAUACUUCUUGUUUUGAAGAAAAAGUAGCAAUGAUUUGAGUAUCAUUUUCUCUCAGCAAAAAGGAUGAUGCCACCUACCUUUGUUGUUUUUAUAACCUUGAGAGCGAAAGACAGCUGAAAGGUAUUUUGCAGAAAGUUGUACCAUAUGUAUCUAGAGAUACAUGAGAUCUAGCACAAUGUCAGGAUGCAUUUAGAUAACUGGAGGUAAAGAUAGAUCUGGCGGACACGAAGGGAAGAGGUAUCAUCCUAUAUGUCGUAGUUAUCAAUACAUUUGACGAGUUCUGCUCUAAAAGCUUUAGGGAUGCAUUGGUGCUAUGAGACUGAAGGAGAUGAUACCAGGUUUAUGGUACUCACAGGAUGGGAGAGGAAUGAGCUGUCAAAAAAACCAGAUCUCUGCCAGGUAGUCUCCAUCCCCUACCUCAAUACAAUGGAUGACUGAAUUUUUCUCAACCUAUUGAAGUAUCUAUGGUUGAGAGGAUGAACUUGAACAACGUUAUGCAUGCUCAGUGCAGCAUUCUCUUUUUUCUUCUUAGACAAAGGUGGAAAGAACAAGUCCUAGGAUGGGUGCAACAAGCUGCAUGAUGAUUCCAUACUUGCCUGGAGAAACAAAUGCAUUCAACUUGAGUCAAGUGUUGAAGGUGUUCAUCUGUUAAACGUUUGAUAGCAGAUGCAGCCUUUUACAGGUCUUGCCAGGGUCUCUUGACUUGGCCAAGGUUACUUGGUAUUCCCUUGCUUAUAUAAAUUACCAGCAAUUUCCACCAUAUCUCUUCCAAGUUUGGGUAGCAAUAGUAAUCGAAGAGCAAAGCAUAUAGGAAUGAAGAAUACUCGUGAAAACGCAUGGUAGAUUGAAGAAUGAGGUUGAAAAUACUCGUGAAUUUUGGAGAAUACUCGUAAAGAAGACAGUCUGAUGUGGAGAUUGUAAUUAUUAGAUACACAGCAAAUAUGUCUAUCUAUUGGCCAAUCUAGAUUGAAUUGCUGGGGGGGGCGGGGGAGGGGGGUGGGCUUCAUUCUAAACCAACUUUAACUCGGAUCCGUGGAUCUCCAGUAAAACUAGAUGGAAAUUCAGUGAAACUAGACUGGUAAUCAAAAUUAGAGAAGGAUUUGUGAAAAUGUGUCUUACCUACUUGAUAUGCUAUUUGAUAGUGGAAAAAGCAAAUGAGAUAAAUGUGUGGUGUGAAAAAAGUUGGACAAGUAGAUACUAGUGGAUAAUCAACGUCUAUGAGCUAUUAUUUACUUUGAAUCUAAAACGACCCAAAGAGAUCACAGCUCCAGAAGAAGUUACAGCAUCAAGGCUGUAACUUCUGUAAAAUAAAUUGUUGUUGCAAGUUGCUCUUGUGACGAUGGCAGCUGUUACCGUAUGAGCUACAUAAAUCAAAGCACUUACUGGAGUAGGGUCCUCGAUAGCAUCAGGUUAGUUGUUAAACCUGUUGCAGGUUCAAAGCAGACAAAGUCCUAAAAGUGAAGCAUGAUGGUGCUUGGAGGUUGACUCGUGUAGUUUUCAAUCACUGUCCAGAAGAAUGGUGGAUCAACCAUUAUUCAGAGCGAAUCAUGGUUAAUUUUUCUCUGUCUGCGUUCUACCUCAUUUGAAUUCUGUAGCCUCCUCUUUUCUAUUUCUUGUCGUUUAUUCUCCUUCUUCGGUUGUCCUCCAACUUUCAACAGGACAGUCCAGGAGUCCUUUUCAAGAGUCUGGGCAGGGUGGGCUUACUUGAGUAUGAUAUGACAAUUCCUAGUUGUUUACCGUUUUUCUUCCAUUUUUAAUGUUGAAAAUGAAUAAAUGGAACUGUUCUAAUGAACAAUUAACACUGUAUUUAUACAAACGUAAGGAUGGGCUGUUGAGGCUUUUCCGUGAGAGUUUCUCAUGAAUGCAAUCUAUGUACAAAGGGAAGGAUCAACCAUUAAGGCUUUUCGUAGGCAAUGAACCUCCUAAUCUAUCUUGCAAACGGAAUAAAUCAGGAAGCCUUGUUCGUCACAGUUUUCUCAUCUUCUAUUUAUUUAUCUUAACAUUCGUCUACGGAUCCUACAAUCUAUAUAAAAUAUCUUAGGCUGUUUGACAUUAAUCGGCACUGAAAUCGCCUUUCUGAAAAAAAUUCUUGACCCUAACCCUCAAAACAGUUUGCAUUCAUCUUUCUCUAUCUUCGAGCUACACUUCUGUUGUUUUGAUCCUUCCAUUCCUGUUCCACUGCAGAAGUUAAUGAGCAGAAAAAGAAGCGCAUUAAGCAAGACACAGAUGUUUCAAGAACUCAGUCUGCCACUAUCAGAAGCCAAAUAGAUCCUAAUACUUUGAUGGGUGAACAGGUAUUGAUUUUAGCGACGUACAUUAAUGUUUUCCAGGAUUCUCCAAAAUGGCUAUUUAUAUGUUCACUGACAAAUGUAGUUAUUUUAAGACCCCUUUGCUUAUGUAAUUUUCUUCGUUAAAAUUUUGUAUAUUUUCUCCUGUUUUUCUCUGACGCUUGAAUUUUUCAUGAAAUUUUUUGUUAUCAUGAACUUCUAUUCACUAGAAUUAAUGUAUUAGGAAACAAAAACAAUCAGUUUACUGAGAGGUAGCUUGCAAUUAUGAUGGUAUUGUUGUCUUUAAAGUGUUGUUUAUGUAAUGGGGUAGCCAAGUUUCCCAAGGCAUCUAGCCUGCGAAGGACAUUCUCCAGCGAAACAAAAAGAAUGUCUUGAUAUAUCUGGAUUUCUAACUUUUUUGGCAGUGAAAGUGAUUUAUUUACAAGAUGCUGAGUUGUACAUGUUUUGCUGUGCGUUACUGUCGAAACUGAGAAGAUCCAGAAAUUGUAUUGCCCAAGUGGCGCUGGUCUUGUCUAUAUGUGAAGUGAUGUGUGCAGCUGGGACAUCGUAGUAUGCUUCUCAGCAUGCUCUUUUAUGUUUGAUGAAAUUUAAUCAAUUUUUUUCCUAGUUCUGGUGGUGGUAAUUUUAAAUGAUGCCGCUUUAUUUCCUUUCUUAUCAUGGUGUAUGUAAUAAAGGAUUGUGACGAACCAUAUUCAUUGCUUCAAUGAUCCCAGGUUGCAGCUAAGGUUACUGAAGAUGCUGAAAAAUCUGAGUGGUUCAUUGUAAAAGUAAUGCAUUUUGAUAGGGAGGCAAAAGAGUAAGUAAUGUGUCAUGUUGCAAACAUAUAGUGUUCAUAUUUCAUAUAGAGAUAUUCUCUGUUUCUUUUGACGUCAUUUUCUAGUUCUAGGUAACUUAUUUUUUAUGGAUUUCAUCUCAUCCUCUUGGUUGUUCAGUAUGAAUAUUUUAGCCUCAUGAUACAGUGCAAAUUAUAGAAUAACACAUUGAGAGAACCUAGAGACUAAGUUCCGUGAUUCACAUUCUAAGAGAGAAAAAUAAGGGAAUCUGAUCUCUAAAUACUUAUUUUCUGAAAGAUUCUCAUGACGUGAUGGUUGGUUUUAUAUUGUUUGAUGGGCCAACGCUUUGAGAAUCGCCAUGCACUGAUAUCAUCUUUUCUACUUAUGGAAUCAUAUUGCCUUCUGUUCGUAUCCUCAUGAAUUGAAAAGCUUCAUAGUUUUGUGUUGUUUGUCGUACAGUUUUGGAAAAACUAUUACUUGAGUUAUUAUUAUACAGGUUUCACUUUAGCCAAAGAAAUAUGAAAUUAUUUUAAAUUAUUUUCAUUUCGAUACAAAAAAUUAGGGUCAUUGGUUUUCAUUUUGCAUACGCAUGCCAUGUCGAUUAUUAGAAUUUUAUAAGAGGUCCGAGAAAGAUUAGGAGUUUUUUUGUGUCUAGAAACAUAGGAAGCAGUUUUUAUGUUAUCUAACUCUUUUUGAUGCAUACUUGCAGAUUCGAAGUUCUUGAUGAGGAGCCUGGGGAUGAUGAAGAGCCAAAGUACCUUCUAACACACUUUAUUAGCAUUAGUGUACUUUCAUGAAACUUUCUCCUCAUAUGACACUGACGUUUUAUAAGUGAUUUUUACCUCCAUGAAACUGAUAAGAACCUAGAUCAAAGAACUACGAAUAAUUCGUAUUAGAUGAAAGAAACAAUCUCUACAACAGAAAUACCAAAGAUAAAGUACAGUAAAAGAACCCAGAACAGAUGGAGGGUUGCAUACAACCCUAGAAGCCAGAACAGAUGGAGGGUCGCAUACAACCCUUCCAACCCUUUCUCGUAGAUGCACGAGAUACUAACACCGAUUUUCCUCCCCCUUCCUUCCUGAUCCACCCAUCCUUAUAUCCUCUCUUUUCCCUCUCUUAUUUAGGCAGUUAGUCUCCUGUCAUAACUGCUCCUGCCAUAACCGCUCUUUGCCAUAAUUGUUCCUUGUCAUAUUGUUCAUUGCCAUAACUGUGCCUUCCCUCAAUCAUGCUAACCGUUAUUGACUUAUUGGGGGCUUUGGGCCUUCUUCCUUCUAGCAUAUGUGCGUGAAGCCUUAUCAGAAACUUUUCGUCAUUAACUUUAUUGCCAUCUAUUUUUACUUCUUUAUUGGCCAAAUAUCCAAUACCUCUGAAUGGUGGCUUGUUAUGCCCAUGCAAUGCUUGUUGACGGCAGGCCAGGAGGAAAUUUUAUGGGUUCAAUAGGUAUGGGGAUCCUGAAGCAAAGGUUCAAAGGCUUGCUAGUUGGGCUUGCUUGUCCUAAGGUUCAAUCAUGCCUGUGAGGAAAUAGAAGCCCUCAGGUCCUGUUUAAAAAAAUCACAUUCGAGUCACUUUCUAGAAAAUUACAUCACAAAAUUGUAGAUGAUGAGACUACCCUUCCAAGAAAAUACCAGGAUACCGAAUGUAGCAUGUUCAUCUUUCAGGGUUAUGGUUUCCAGAUGGAUGGAUAAUAGCUGCAGCUCCUGUCCCAGUGGAUCUAACAGAAGCCAAAAAGCUGCUUAAUCUUUCUAAAUGAUGAUUUUUUUAACGAAAUAACUCUUCUAAAGAAUAAUAAGAAUGUAGCAAGUAUUUCGGUGCAUAAAUGUGUAGAUAAUCUUACCUGUGAGUCUUUCUUGUGCAAUGAAAUCUUGUUUCUAGGAUCCAAAUGAUAAGGGAGAUCCCAUGCUUGGAGGAGGAUACUAAUUACAUUUUAGUUAAUAAUGAUGGAUAAGGGUCCUGACGUUCCUUCCCAGUCUGAUCUUCUGAUUGUUUUGUCAAUGAUUGUGCUAUCAAAUUAGGUUAAUUUUAAUAUGACUCGUCAUCGCCUAUACGCUAUUGAAGUCGUGGGAGUAACCAGAUCUUGGGUUUCUUCUCUGCCCUCAGUAAAAACUAUGAUUGAGUUCUGUCUUCUCCUGGUGUACUCCCUAAUAUAGUUUGCUGACGAUGCGCAUCAAUCAUUUUGUUCUGCUGGAUACUUAAUAUAGCUCUCAGCUCUUAAUGAUUUUCGGUAGAAAAUAUUGUGUAACUAAGAUCAACCUGUUUGUUCGAGCACCUCCCCAUUGACUAGAGAAUUUCUUCAUUUGAUUAUGUUUUUUUUCAAUUUUUCAGGAGAUAUAAGCUACAUAUGUCACGCAUUAUUCCAUUUCCUAAGAGAGGGGACAUCUCUAACAUUCCUGAUUAUCCCUCUGGAAAGCAUGUUCUGGCGGUCUACCCUGGUACUACAGCUUUGUAUAAGGCAACUGUGGUACCAAAUCCCCAUCGGAAGGUAGACACUUACAUCUCAUUUUUCUUUGUUAUCUGUUUAGAUAUCUAGACGCCCUUGAUUGAAAAUGCAUGUGUGGGUGUAAACCUGUUAUAUUGUGACUAGAUUAGUAUCCACAUGUUAUGGUUUCCUUGGGAUUGCCACACUUUCUGGUAUGAACAGUGGUAAUAUUUCUUUGAGCAAAGGUGGUGAGCUAUAGCGUGUACUUUUCUUCUGACAGAAUAUUUACCAUUCUUGAUAUUUGUGUUUGGCCACCUUAUUUCUGUUGUAUAUAUUUCUCCAUGCCUGUGCCUUCGGCUAUAUUUCCCCCAAGCCUUUGUUAUCCAGUGUCUUCUUCUUAACUAGACUGUACAAUAUAUUCGACUUUUCAAUUUUUCCUUCCGAACCCACUGUAGCCAAGAAGUUCCUGAGCUGAUCUUCGUCUUGAUCUCAGUAUACCUAGAGCCAUGGUAAUAGUGGCAAACAUAUUUUUUUAUCUAGAAAAAAAGAUGUAAAAGUCUGCAUUGUAUGUCUGACUUUUCUGCUUCUAGAAACAGUUUUCCAAAGAUCUAGAUUCUGAGGCAUGGACCUGGUCAAAAUAAUUUUUAUCUUUCUUUCCCCGACACUGAACGGCCUUGACUCUGGUCAACAGAUUCUACAGAAUUCACCUUUUGUUGCUAAACCUUGUGCCUGCUGUGGACUCAACACCUUCAGCAUGCAUUCUCUGCAUGAUGUUACUGGGAGGAAAGAUACACCAGCUGAAGAGCAUAAAGACCUGUGGGCAAAUUGCUUUUUUGAAUAGAGUCAUUAGCCUUUGUCGUUCUAAGAUUCAAAGGACUAAAACUGACAGCAGAAGGGUUUCCAACCAGGGCAGGGCUCCUGUUGUGAGAGCUUUUAUGGAAGGCUUGUGUUAUCACAUUUCUGGAACUGGAGGGAUGAAUAUUCACCCACCCUUUGAUUCAUGAUAUGGGUGUCAUCUGAUUAUUAUCCAUAAUAAAAAGGAAUAACCCCGGGCUUUGACAUUUUUCUGGAGAAGUGAUGUUACGUUGACAUCUUAAAUUGGUAGUGCCCAUUUACUUUAAUGAAGUUAUAGUUGACAUCUGCAUCUGGUUUCUUUCCCAUUUGGCUGAAUUCCCAUUGUGUUUACAUUUGAAAUUCAUCUUUACUUGAUAUGCACUUUACGAUGCUCCACUUGCCGUAUUGGCACAACUAGAAACAGUUCACCAUACUAAUCAACAUGCUCUCCACAUGUUGCGGGGCUUCUCCAACUGCUGCUCAAAAUUUCAGAAGAAAACUGAUGAGUAAGUAUAUUCUUUUUUCUCACGGUACAAUAAUUCCUAGUUUCGGAGAUUUUAAAUUCUGGCCAGAAAUUAUCACUUAAAUGUAUCUCUCAAGAUUAUUUAGUUGUCUACGGUGCAUAUAUUGCUCAAUACUUCCUCUUUUUUUAGGGUUUUUAUUUUAUUAAAUUUACUAUAAACAUAACCCUGAAUAAUGUAUGAUCCAACUUCGGUUGAGAAGUCGCGAAAAGAAACACAAAUAUGAACCAGCUUGAGAGGAGAGGAAGAAAAAGGGCCCUUUCCUAGUUCUCAGAAUCCUGAGAAAGCUUAAUGCAUGUAAACAAAUCGGUGAGCAAGCUAUGACAAACUUGGUACAUUAGCAUUGGAUCCGAGUUAUAUGCGUCUGGAGAUGCCUUUAGAAAAAUAUACUUCGACAUUCACCUUUGUGUUGACACUUGUCGCCUAUUUCUUGUUGUUUUUGGAACCACUCACUACCUACCGUUACUGCUCCUCCCAUUGCAACCACCACCCCUCUCAACUUGCAUAUCCACGUGUACAAAGUUGAAGUCCGGCUAACAUUCUGGCGUCUUCAUCAGAAACACGAAAAUAUUUAUUGAUGAAACCACACUUUAGAGGUUAAACCAAAAAUCUGAUGGCAUGAUUAUCCUUUUAGGUUAUGAUUUUUCUUCAAGGAUGUAACUAAUAGGAGAGGCUUUUAGGCAGUUAACUUGUGUAUAGCAUGUCUUUUUCUCGUUUCGUUUUCCUUCAGUAUCUUCAAAGUUCAGUAAGGAAGAGUGGAAAACUAUAUUGUGACAGCUGUCUAUCAAAAGAUGUUUGCCAUCAUCAUCAUUAUCAUCAUCAUCCUCCAAAUCCCAACUUGUAGUGGUCUCCAUGUUGAUCUUGUAGAUACCAAGCUCCACAACGUUUACCAGUCCUCCAGCAUAGUCAUCUCAUAUGUGACUUCCUCACAGACCAUUUAGUAUGCUCAUUUUAUCUACUUCUUAUGACUAGUUGUGGAAUGGGUAUUUUCUCACUAUUUUUUUCUGAGUAGUUUAUUGAUUUUUUUCCGUGAUCCUUGUACCCAUCAUGGUGUUUAUGGCACCUCCACUUCAUGUUCUAGAUAUCCUUCUCUUUAUAUCAAUCUCCAGAUAUUGUCAAUCUUUGAAUAAAUCUAGCAGAGUAGUUUACUGUUUUUUACCUUGAUCCUUGUACCCAUCUGGGUGUUUAUGGCACCUCCACGUCAUGUUCUAGAUAUCCUUCUCUUUAUAUCAAUCUCCAGAUAUUGUCAAUCUUUGAACAAAUCUAGCAGAGUAGUUUACUGAUUUUUACCGUGAUCCUUGUACCCAUCAUGGUGUUUAUGGCACCUCCACUUCAUGUUCUAGAUAUCCUUCUCUUUAUGUCAAUCUCCAGAUAUUGUCAAUCUUUGAAUAAAUCUAGCAGAGUAGUUUACUGAUUUUUUUCCGUGAUCCUUGUACCCAUCACGGUGUUUAUGGCACCUCCACUUCGUGUUCUAGAUAUCCUUCUCUUUAUAUCAAUCUCCAGAUAUUGUCUAUCUUUGAAUAAAAUUUGAAAAAUAAUUCAUUCUUCUUACGUUUUGCAGUUACCUGCUUGAAUUUGAUGACGACGAGGAAGAAGAUGGGUCCCUACCUCAACGCAAUGUGCCAUUCUACAGAGUCGUCCCGUUUCCAGAAGGGCAUCGGCAGUGA